AUGAUAAAAUUCCUCUUACUUGAUUCUUUAUUUUCUCAAUUCAAUUUUCAGCGCCUUCUUGGAGUUCAAAGUCGCCCAAAUCCUCUUGAAGAUUGGGAUCAGCUGUACAAUUUGAAUAAUCAAGUUGGCCUUAGGAAUGACUGUAGAAAGUUGGCUAAGUUACUCGAUAAUAAAAAGUCUGUUCCUGAAUUGGAAUCCUUUAUGACACUCUACUGUAAACGGAGGAAUGUGGAUUACAAAAAGGACAGUGGAUGGAUCGUGGUAAAUUUCAUGUAUCCAUUUAGUAUAGCCCAAAAGCUUGGUAUUAAAAAUUUGGAUUUUGCUGAAAUUUCUCUCGUACUGGAGAAAAUCCUCAAAUUCGAUCUUCCUCAAGAGCACGUGUUUAACGUGUUCUUUGCAUUCACAACUAAAUACAUUCCCAAGUCAGCGAUAUUUUGCAUCAGCGAUAUCACCUUAGCAUGUACAAAGGUAAUGUUUAGGGAGACAAAAGAAAGCGCACAAAUCUAUGAUUUAUUUCGUCUCUUGCUGCAGUAUCACGAUCCCCAAAUCAGCUCUCAUCUGGAUUCGCUCAAAUGCCCUCCACAUUGUUACGCAAGUCAGUGGUUUUCUACCAUUCUUGCAGCAAGUGUUAAUGAUGAAGUUUGCAAGGUUCUGUGGGAAUUAUAUAUAGAAAAGGUAUGUUUGGCCUGUACUAUUUGGUGUUGUGAUUUUCAUUACCUAAUAUUUGGUUCUAAUUACGACGAUGAGGCUGGAGAUCUGAAAGUUAGUAAACUACUGUGCUUGCCAGUGACUGUUCAAGAGUUAGUCAAGAAGGAUCGAGCUGCUGUAACUGUGAGUUUUCCUACUGCUAGUUAA